GAAAAACUGGAGAAAAAAAAAAACGAAUUGUAGGAGGGUGAACGAAUUGGAGCAAUUGCGCGCUUGAAAAGUGCAGCUUUGAGCUUUCACUUCUUCUUCUUCCCGCCCAGCAAUCUCUGCGUGGCGGCGCUGAGAUCGGCGGCUAGAGACGGCGAAUCGGUCGUCAGAGCGAUGGAGUUCAGCCUGAGCGGGAACGGAUUGAAAACAUUUUCCCGGUGCAUCACAUGUCUAGCUCGUAUCGGCAACGAGCUUGCCGUUGAAGCUUCUUCUUCUCAGCUGGAAUUUCACACUCUUAACUCGUCGAGAUCUGCGUAUCAGUCUAUUACGUUCAAGCCUGGCUUCUUCGAUGUUUAUACGAUAUUCGGCGCUCAGGUCAAAUUCAGCGUGCUUGUGAAGGCGGUUUGCGCUGUCCUUAGGACACCUAUUCAAAGCAUCGAUCAUCUCAGAGUUCAGUUGCCUGAUCCUGAUGCUUCCAAAGUGCAAUGGACCUUGGAAUGCAAUAACGGUAUGAGAAAGGCCUAUUCAAUUACUUGCAAUGUUGAGCCCGACAUACAACAUCUGGCUCUUGAUAGGAAUGGUUUUCCAAGCAGCUUAAUAGUCAGACCGCGAGAUCUAAACAGACUUCUAGCAAAUUUUCAAUCAUCACUUCAAGAGAUAACGAUCAUUGCAACAGAAACUACUUCUUUGCCUUCUGAUGCUGAUAGUGAAACAGGAGAGAAAGCUGUUGAACUCAGAAGUUAUAUUGAUCCAACAAAAGACAAUGACUCUUCGCUGCACACUCAAUUAUGGAUAGAUCCUACAGAAGAAUUUGUCCACUAUAAUCAUGUUGGAGACCCUGUUGAUAUCACAUUCGGAGUAAAGGAAUGGAAGGCAUUCGUUUCAUUUUGUGAGAGCUGUGAAGUCGACAUACAUUUAUAUUUUGAAAAGGCUGGGGAACCCAUUUUAAUGGCACCAAAAGUUGGUCUUUCUGAUGCAUCUGGUUCAAACUUCGACGCAACACUUGUUCUUGCAACAAUGCUUACAUCACAGCUUCGUGAAGAAAACCCCUCUGAACAACCACAACAAGCUGCCUCUAUACCAGCUCAAGCAGUAAGACAGAAAGAGCCUCAAGCACAGCCAGAGAGUAGUCAUAGAGCAACAGCUUCUGAGCAUCCAUCUGAUCAAACUAAAAUUUGGUCUGACCUUUCAGCAAGAAGUGGUAGUGCUGCAGCUGAAAAUAGACAAACUGCAGAAGACAGAAAUUUAAGUGCCACAGAUCUCAGGCAAAGUCAGAGGCUUGGCAGAAUUCAGAUAUCAGAAAAUGUACCUGCAGGAGCUCCUGCUGCAUCGAGGCACCAUACCAGAGAGAAGGGUCCCCUGGAAGAAGCACAAGAUACACCACAAGUUAAUGAUAAUACAUUUUCCCAACGUCAUCCUAGUAAUUGGGUCGAUGCAACCGAGGUUGAUGAUGAUGAUGAUGACAAUGAUGAUGAAGAUGAAAUGUGUAUCCAAUCAACACCUCCAUACUGUGAAGAACAUUAGGAAAAGUGGUAAGGUCCAUUUUCUGCAAUUGGAUUCUCCUGUAUAUGUUCAGUCGUAAGUGCAUUGUUUCUGUACUUUAUAACAGAGAUUAGCACAUUAAGUCCUGCUGGGUACUGAAAGUAUCAACAUAUAGUGGCUUCUGGCUUGUAAGUGUAGGCUAGGAUCAUUUAGUUGCAUAGGAACUUGCUUCCCCACAAUUUUUAGACCAGCUUUGUAGUUGACGAUGGGGUUUUAAGGUCUGUUACAAGCAACAAGCUUCUGGCCUUGGAACUGUUUUAGAAAUCAUUCAGCCCUUAAACCCAUUCUCACAACCUUAAUGAUCUAUCAGAUAUUCAAGGUUUGGUCUGUGAUCACUGAUCAGUAGAACUACACUAUAGCUAUCUGGCAUUUCUGAAAGAAAUGUCACAUAAGAAAGCUAGUAAUUUACAUGUUAGGCUCCGAGAUCUCUCUUGAUGACUUAAGCUCCUUCACAUUUCUCCUGUUCAUCUACCACCAAGAUCCUGGAACCGAACCUUGUAUCUUUGCUUUCAGGUUGUUUUUCCUAGACAAUUUACGUUCCCAACCUGAGUUAUGAAAUUGUAUGCGGGUACAUGUCAACCUCCUUGAGUUAGGUCAUGAUGACAAUGACAUAUGCUUUCAUGAUCUCUCACAUGGCCACACGACACAUCACAGUAUUUGCAUUGAAGUCUUAGGCCACCGGUUAUUGCAAUAUGCAUGUAAGCAUGACAUCUCUUAGUCGAAAUCAAAAUGCUUAAAAGUCAUAUAGCUGCUGCCUUUCUUGAGUCUGCUAUGCAAACCCUUCUCCCUCAUCUGCUGUUUGGGAUCACUAAAAAUUGAUUUGUUUUGAUUUAGUGUGAGAAAGGGAAAAGAAAAUUGACGAUAUGACAGCAGCAGCGCUGGCAAGAAGUUGGGUAUACAUAUAUAUCAGCUCGAAGAUGGGCCAUUGCAGAGCUCCCACCAUUAAAUGCGUAAGGUAAGAACAUGCUCUGAUGUUUCAGCUACUUGCAAUGUGCCUUUCGUACAGUUUUAUUAAGAGUCUAUUUUAAAAAUACCCUGAAACAAGUGAGACCGAAGUCGAUUAUUGCCGUUAUGCAGUCCUUGUCAGAGUGUCUCUAAGCGUGCACCAAUUAUUAUCACCAUUUUUAUUAUUGUUUUGCUUUGCUUUCUUGGGCUCUCCCAAAACCAAAAGGCAUAUCUUUCCAGUUUCCACUGGUCAUAUACUACGCCUGAUAUAUGAUGAAUGAGGUAGUAAUUUUUUUGGCAUUUUUACUUCUGUACUAGAUCAAUGAAUUGAUCAACCUGAGACUCGUGGUGAAUUUAGUAACCAGCAUCGUAGAACCAACACAAGAUCCAGGAUCUAGAACGAAGAGAGAGAGAGAGAGAGAGAUGAGAUUUUGGAUCCUGGGCUCUUCUUUCUAAGCCAGCUGGGUUUUUAGACAAAACCAAAUGGCUGUGGGGCUCUGGGAUCUGCUACUUGCUAGUUAAACUAGUAUAAGAUAGAUACUAAUAGCCUGAUUCCCAUGUCACGGGGACAGGAAUAUGUGGGAUCCCUUUAGAUGCCACCGUGGAGGAUCUUACUUUGGCACUGCACUCUCAUCUGGCAUCAGCUAGAUCCUUGAAAAUAGCUUGCAUGCCAGCCAGGGACGAAAGAUAUCAAUUUAAGGAUCGACAGAAACACGAGCUGGAGAAUUGGAUUAUAUUAGGCUGUGUUGUUGAUGUGGAUCAUUAGUCACUUUUGUCAGGCCUGCGUUUGGAUUGAAUCUGCUUAAAGAAGAGUAGAGUUGCAAUUGUUGGUUGCAUGAUGCGUCAGGAUUUGAGUCUAUUUAUUUGUUUGUUAUGUGUUGUUGUUAUUAAUGAUAAGUGGGGCUGUUGUUCAAGUUUUGCGGGACUUGUUAAUGAUAAAAUUUGGGGAUUUCC